AUGAGUUGUGGCGUGGCGUUAUCCGGCGGCGACCUCCGGUGCGUCCGGAUUUCCCAUCCUGUUCAAACGCAACCUACCAUGGUAGGAACCUGGAUGUCUGGCGGCCCGCAGCUACGAAUAAUCAUCGGAAAAAUGGCUAUCAUGGAUCCGAGUACAUCAAAGAUAUCUCUGGCGUAUCUAGGUCCAGAAGGAACCUAUGGUCAUCAAGCUGCUCAGGUCUUCCUACCGGCUUUGUCCGAGGACGUGGAUUUGGAACUCAUUCCAUGUCCUACUAUAUCAGAUGUAUAUCAUCACCCUUCUGACUACCUCGUUCUGCCCGUCCAGAACACCUUAGCGGGUUCAGUGACAGAAACUGUCGAUUGUCUACUCUCUCCUCUUUCUUCUGGGAGGAAGACCGGAGAAGUCGAGCUUGGCGGCAUGAAUGGUGGGGAAGCUGGACCUUCAAGACCUCGAAUUAUAGGUAGUACAGAUCUAGAGAUUGCACACUGUUUGGUGGUUAGACGUGGAGUGAAUAUGGAUGAUAUCAAAUGGGUUCGGUCACAUGAACAAGCCUUGACACAAUCUACUAUUUUCUUGCACACCCACCUUCCAUUCGCGACUCUUCAUCCUUGGCGUUCUACGGCUUCUGCAGCCUUAUCUCUUCUCCAACUCAGUCCCGAAGAUCCUCCAGGCGACGGUGCGGCAUUAUGUUCCAAAGCUGUUUUGACGCUUUAUCCGCAAUUGGAGCUGUUGUAUGAAGGCACUCAAGCUGGAAACGGUAUGUCAGCACAUGUUUACUUCUUGAUGGUGCAUAGCUGA